AUGUUUACGUUGUUGCAGCUAUCUACCACAACGACUUACCACGAGCAAUGCCGUUUCUGGUUAACCACCGAAGAGCACCCCAAAUUCCCCAUUGCCUUGCUGCAAUCAAGCAUCAAGUUCACCUAUGAUCCUCCAAUGGGCAUUCGAGCCGGUCUGCUACGCACAUAUGCUCUACUGAGUCAGGACCAGUUGGAAGCCAAUAGCCUGCCUCAGUGGAAACCCAUGCUCUACGGGGUAGCCUUUUUGCACUCCACUGUGCAGGAAAGACGCAAAUUCGGACCCAUUGGCUGGAAUAUUCCCUACGAGUUCAACCAGGCUGAUUUCACUUCUACUGCCCAGUUCAUUCAGAAUCAUCUGGAUGAUCUUGAUAUUCCAAGGGUGCAGUACGGUGGAAGGGUGACCGACGACUACGACAAACGUCUUCUUAACACAUAUGCCGCAGUAUGGUUCUCGGAACAGAUGUUUACUGAUACCUUCGAGUUCUACACCGGCUAUAAAAUACCCAAGGGACGCACCAUCGAGGAUUUCACCACGAAGAUUUCAGAACUGCCACUUACCGACUCUCCCCAGUGCUUCGGUCUUCAUCCGAAUGCGGAUAUAACUUACCAGACCAAUAACAGUGCUUCAAUGCUGCAGACAAUAAUCAAUAUCCAACCGAAAGACAGUAGUGGAGGGGGAACUGAAACAAGAGAGUCUGUCGUUUAUCGCCUGGCGAAGGAGAUGGAAUCAAAACUACCGCCCGAUUACAACCCGUUUGAGGUGAAAGACCGGCUGGAGAAGAUGGACUACCUGAAACCGCUGCACAUAUUCCUGCGACAGGAAAUAGAUCGUAUGCAGAGGGUAAUAAGCGUCGUGCGCUCGACAAUCAGCGAUCUGAAGCUGGCCAUCGAUGGUACGAUCAUCAUGUCGGAGAAUUUACGUGAUGCUCUGGAUAACAUCUUUGAUGCCCGAGUUCCAAACUCGUGGAGGAAGGGAUUCCUGACGGCGAUGCGACAAGAAAUUGCCAGGGCCAACAAGUACGCACUUGAUGACGCCGUGCUAAUAAAUGAUGUUACGCGGAUGAGUAGCGACGAAGUGCAGAGAGGUGUCAGUGAAGGUGUCUACAUCUACGGAUUAUUUCUGGAUGGUGCUGGCUGGGACCGCAAAAACGCCCGUCUCAUGGAACCACAGGCCAAGGUGCUUUAUACUCCACUGCCGGUAGUGCACGUAUCUGCGAUCAGUGUCACCUCGGGAGAGCGCACCCGACCAGUUGUGACCUACUCCUGUCCGGUCUACAAGGAACGCCGACGUACAGACCUAAACUACAUAUUCCCAUUGUCUUUGCGCACUACAAAGGAUCCAGAUCAUUGGAUUCUUCGUGGUGUAGCUCUCCUUUGCGAUGUUCGCUAA